UCCGGAAGAGGCGGGCUCGCGAGUGUGGAUGGACGAAGGUGCCGGGGCCUGUCUGGAUGAUUGUCUGACUGCAGGACGAGCGAUGUGGGGGGUGCGACUGACCUCUCAAUAGAGGACGUGUGAGCAACCCCGGACAAUCUGAAGAAUUUUUUUCUGUUUGGAUUUGAAAGAGGUUAUUGUGAAACAAUAACAGCCUUCAUAUAAAAACAUUUUUUCUGCGUGACGAUUGUGAUAGAAUUUGUAAUGUUGAUUUAUUUCUACCCCUGAUGGAGGAUUAGAUUUCUCACUGCUAUACUGGAAGACAUUACAGAAAAUUCAAAAUGUCAUCAAAUAGGAGUCAGAAUCCUCAUGGACUUAAACAGAUUGGUCUUGAUCAGAUAUGGGAUGACCUAAGAGCUGGCAUUCAACAAGUUUAUACAAGGCAAAGCAUGGCAAAGUCCAGGUAUAUGGAACUCUACACUCAUGUUUAUAACUACUGCACUAGUGUACAUCAGUCUAAUCAAGCCCGAGGAUCUGGUGUAACCACUUCUAAAUCUAAAAAAGGCCAAACACCUGGAGGAGCUCAGUUUGUUGGCUUGGAAUUGUACAAACGACUUAAAGAAUUUCUGAAGAAUUACUUGACAAAUCUGCUUAAGGAUGGUGAAGACUUGAUGGAUGAGAGUGUAUUGAAAUUCUACACUCAACAAUGGGAGGAUUAUCGAUUUUCAAGCAAAGUGCUGAAUGGGAUUUGUGCCUACCUCAAUCGACACUGGGUUCGUCGUGAAUGUGAUGAGGGCCGGAAGGGAAUAUAUGAAAUUUAUUCACUUGCACUGGUGACCUGGCGGGACUGUUUGUUCAGGCCACUAAAUAAGCAGGUUACAAAUGCUGUAUUGAAGUUGAUUGAAAAAGAAAGAAAUGGCGAAACUAUCAAUACAAGACUGAUCAGUGGAGUUGUGCAAUCUUAUGUGGAGCUGGGACUGAAUGAAGAUGAUACUUUUGCUAAGGGGCCUACAUUGACUGUAUAUAAAGAGUCUUUUGAAUCUCAAUUUCUUGCUGACACAGAAAGAUUCUAUACAAGAGAGAGCACUGAAUUUUUGCAGCAAAAUCCAGUUACAGAAUACAUGAAAAAGGCAGAGGCUCGUCUUUUGGAGGAACAGCGUAGGGUCCAGGUAUACCUACAUGAGAGCACACAAGAUGAACUAGCACGGAAAUGUGAACAAGUACUAAUUGAAAAACACUUAGAAAUCUUUCAUACAGAAUUUCAGAACUUAUUGGAUGCUGACAAAAAUGAAGAUUUAGGACGCAUGUAUAACCUUGUGUCUAGAAUUCAGGAUGGCCUUGGAGAACUGAAAAAACUUUUGGAAACUCACAUUCAUAAUCAGGGUUUAGCUGCCAUUGAAAAAUGUGGAGAAGCUGCAUUAAAUGAUCCAAAAAUGUAUGUGCAAACAGUGUUGGACGUUCAUAAGAAGUACAAUGCACUAGUCAUGUCGGCUUUCAACAAUGAUGCUGGCUUUGUUGCAGCUCUAGACAAGGCUUGUGGUCGCUUCAUAAAUAAUAAUGCAGUAACAAAAAUGGCACAAUCAUCUAGUAAAUCUCCAGAGUUGUUGGCACGGUAUUGUGAUUCUCUGCUAAAGAAAAGCUCAAAGAAUCCAGAGGAAGCUGAACUUGAAGAUACACUUAAUCAAGUGAUGGUGGUCUUCAAAUAUAUUGAAGAUAAAGAUGUAUUUCAAAAAUUCUAUGCCAAAAUGCUGGCAAAGAGGCUGGUACAUCAGAACAGUGCUAGCGAUGAUGCUGAAGCAAGUAUGAUCUCCAAACUGAAGCAAGCUUGUGGCUUUGAGUAUACAUCCAAACUUCAAAGGAUGUUCCAAGAUAUAGGUGUAAGCAAAGACCUGAAUGAGCAGUUCAAAAAACACCUAUCCAAUUCAGAGCCAUUGGACUUGGACUUCAGCAUACAAGUACUAAGCUCCGGAUCUUGGCCCUUUCAAAUGUCUUGUGCAUUUGCUCUUCCAUCAGAGCUGGAGCGCAGUUAUCAGAGAUUUACUGCUUUCUAUGCAAGUCGUCACAGUGGAAGAAAAUUAACAUGGUUGUAUCAGCUAUCGAAAGGUGAACUAGUUACCAAUUGCUUCAAAAACCGAUAUACACUACAGGCAUCUACAUUUCAGAUGGCAAUCCUGCUGCAGUAUAACACAGAAGAUGCCUACACAGUCCAGCAGUUGACAGACAGUACUCAAAUAAAAAUGGAUAUUUUGGCACAAGUACUUCAGAUUUUGUUAAAGUCAAAAUUGUUGGUUUUAGAAGAUGAAAACGCAAAUGUUGAUGAAGUGGAAUUGAAACCAGAUACUUUAAUAAAAUUGUACCUUGGCUACAAAAACAAAAAAUUGCGAGUGAAUAUAAAUGUGCCAAUGAAGACUGAACAAAAGCAGGAACAGGAAACAACACACAAAAAUAUAGAGGAAGAUCGGAAACUCCUGAUCCAGGCUGCUAUUGUGAGGAUUAUGAAGAUGAGAAAAGUCCUUAAGCAUCAGCAGUUGCUUGGAGAAGUGCUUACCCAGCUGUCAUCAAGAUUCAAACCACGAGUCCCAGUAAUAAAGAAAUGCAUUGAUAUUCUAAUAGAGAAGGAAUACUUGGAACGGGUGGAUGGUGAAAAGGACACCUACAGUUAUUUGGCUUAACAGUUUGUAGCAGCUGUCUGUGUCAGUCUUAAAUUGUAACAAGUUUGAAAGAGAAUAAAACUUGUUGAUCUGC